AUGAACCCGCCGAAAGUGGCGUCCAUAGUCACCGUGGCCGUUUUGCUGCUUCUGCUUCUCAACGCCAUGCUCAAGUACUAUACCUACUUUCUGCUCAUAGUGGCUGCUCAUAAGGAUGAGCCCACCCUGGACUCUGAGGUUCCUCACCCUCAUGAUCUAUACGUGCCUUUUCUCACGUUUAUUCCUACUCGUCUGCCCGUGGCGCUUCGGCCCUGGGUACUUCUUACAGCAUCGUUCAUUGAGGAAAGCUUCAUAGGUCUUGCCUUGGCCGCAGCUUCUAUAUUCUAUUUGGGCUGGUACUUGGAAGCCCGUUGGGGCGCUAGGGCAUUUGCAAAGUUUGUUCUUAUAGCUGUUCUUGCAUGCAACAUGGCCCUUUACUUCUGGUACGCCACCAAAAACGCUUUUGGCCAGCUGUCCUCGGUGCCUCCUGUGGUGUCUUCCACGACGCCAAUUGUCAUGGCCUGCUUGGUUGCCGUCAAGCAGAGAAUUGCAAAUCACUACAUCAUUUUAUACAAAAACUUGUUGCGGAUCAAGGUGACGUUCGUGCCUUUCAGCUGGUACGUUCUCUUGGUGUUGGCCGGUCUCAUUUGGCCAGACUGGCAUAUCUUGCAUUGUGAGGCAUUGGCCGCCUUCGCCAUCUCUUGGACUUACUUGCGCUUUUUCAAAGAUGGCGCCAACGAACGCCAGUCCUACUUGAUUCCGUUUUCUAUAAAAACUCCGCAUGUGGAGGCUCCCCUGGCCUCCCCAACCAACCUCAAGUUCGACGAGAACCUACCGAAGGGAGACAGAUCCGACCUGUUUGCGCUCUCGACAUUCUUCCCCAGCUACCUUGGUCUCUUGGUUAAAAAGCUCAGUGACACUGUGUUUAACUUUGCCGUGCGCCAGGGUUUGCUCAAUGCCAAAGACUUUGUUGGUCACGACGAGGACGACGAGCCUCAUGUCGGUGGUAUGAACUCCAAGCUCUUUAGUUUAUCCCGUCUCAAAGGCGCAGAGAAUGUCGGUAUGGUGCCUGCUGGUGACAGAUUUAAAAGCUUCUUUGGCAUGAAUCCUCAGGACGAGUCCAGCGACAGCAUCAAGUUGUCAAUGGACAAGAGAAGAAAACUUGCCAUUCGGCAAUUGGAAUAG